AUGGAACAAAAAAGUCACAAAUGGAUAUUCAAAGUACUUGCCAAGAAUAAUGCCCACAUUUUUCUUCUUGAUACUUUCUUUUUGAAAACAGGAACCCUUGAGCUUCUAAUUUACACAGAUAACGACGGGUACGUCCGCCAAAAACUUCCACGAGACCUCCAGUAUCGAAAUCUAGGCGAUCUCUUAAUUAGCCUUAAAAAAGAGUUCAAGGCUUUCCAAAAAGUCUCAAACAUCGGAAAAUACGCUUGCAUUAUCGUUGGCCGAAACUUAAAAGUAAAAUUAGACCUUUCAGGUCUAAAAGAAUACCGAAACCGAGUGCAGACUUUCCCACUGUUACAGUAUCUCCAAAAAAUAAAACCACACAACCGAAGCGAUGAAGGCUGGUACACUUUGACUUUGACAUAUACAGAAAAGACCUAUAAAAGUGAGUUUUUAUGAAAAGAAAUAGAUAAAGAAAUACCCAGCACCCAAAGAUUGGUGUUCGAGAUGGCUAAAAACAUUGCCACAGUUAUUAUAAGUGUUGUAGAAAAAGAAGAAGGGGAUCGAAAAAGAGUAGUAAAAUUAGAGAUGAACUUGACCCUUGACGAUUUAGGAGUAUUAUGGCUUAUGAGUUGUAACUGCACGUUAAACCUAAAAGAAGAAAUGAUGGGAAAUGAAACUAUUGGAAACGAAAAUAUGCAAAUUUUUGAUAUCAGAUCGAGGAAUAGGAAAAAAACACUGUAUAAGGAUAGAAAUGAAGACUCAGAUAAACCAAAAAUCAUAAGAAGUGAUUCGCCUAUUAGAAUUAAAAGCCCAAAUAACUCUAAUAAUGGACCUACUCCGCGGCCAAGUGAAGAAGGACCCCCAAGUCAUCCUCCUUUAAACAGAACUGUAUCAAUAGCAGCACAUCGACUUUCGUUCAACCAAGAACAAAAAUCUAUAAAUGGAGGUAUGUCUCCUGAGCAUCGUAGAGCCAAUAGGUCUAAAACCACCCAAUUUGCCCCAUUUUCGUUCCAUGCUUUUAAUUACAAAUUUUUCCGUGACGCAGAUCCAUGUAAAAAUAGCAACGCAUCUUUAACAGAAGAAAGCUCGAUGGAAGAAGAUGAAGACUCCUUAUCAGAUGGCAGCAUAAAUGUCCAUUUUUUGGAAAUUUUGGGCCGUGAAAGAUGCAAAAUUAAAUGCAGAGUGGGAAAUCCUUUAAGAAAUCCAACCCCAGGGGUCGAAGAACUGAAACAAGAAAUGAGGCAUAUAAGGGAAAGAAUAAAAAGCUAUGAAGAAGAAAGUGCUGCAAGAAGGAAUAUGAUUAGACGCAAUUCGAGAUGCAUAAGAAAAAACUCAUGAAUUGCAAGUAAAAAAAUCAAGCCAAAUCAGUUUUAUGAUAAUAUUAAGAGGUCUGAUACAAAACCAUAUUUGCAAACAAUGAAAACGGAAGAUGGGCUGCUAUCACCUUUAUCAAGUAUAGAUUCUCCAGCUUCUCCUUUGAAAUUAAAAAAAAUUGCAUCAAAAAGCAUUGAAAAUGGGAAGUCUAAAACACCUAAAAGUAUGCUGAGUCAUAAUACACAGCCUUUAUUAAAUAAAUUACAAUGAAAAGCAAAUACAGCCACACAUAGCCCUGCAAAUUUUAAAGACACCAAAAAAAUCGGAAGCCCAAAUCCUUCUCUUCCAGCAUUAACUCCGCAUUAAAUUGGAAAAAAAAAUCUGUUCCACUGAAAAGGGUUAUUUUUUUAUUAUAAAUUUUUUGAAAAUUUUAAAAAAAAAAAAAAAAAUUGAAGUUUAAUUUAUAUUAUAAAGAAUCAAUUAAAAAUCGAACAAUUUAAUGUGAAUAUUGUUUAAAUUGUAUUCUACUUGAGCUUUUUCAAUCAAAUUAGGUUAACUAAAUUUAUAAAAAUUUAUUUUUUACUUAUAAAAUUUCCUAUUAAAAAAAAAUUGUUCCAAUUUGAAGGGGCUCCAAAAAUAAAAAUUUUAACUAUUUUUUGUUCCAAUUUAAAAGAGAGGGAGAGUAAGUAGAAUAACUUCACAUGUUUUACAAGUCCCAAAGAACAGAAAGCUUGAUUUUAACCCCCUAUCAACCUACCACUCCAGAUUCCGUUCUCUUCAAACAUAG